CCGCUCCGGCUGCGGCGCCGGCUGCAUCAAUAAUUCAGAGCGGUGGUGGCGGCGGCAGCGGAGGGUGCGGGCAGGAGGCGGCGGCAGCAGCGGGACCGAGCAGCGGCGGCUAUGCAUCCAAGUGCGGCUGGCCAGCCGCGGCACCCCUGAGGCCCGGGCGGGGCUCCGGGAACGUAGCGCGAAGGGGACGCUCGUCCCGGAGUGCGGGGAAGAGCAGUAGCGUCCAGAGCGGCGGCGGCGGAGCUGCGCACGGAGCCGACGAGGGGGCUUCGGAGCGGGACUGGGGCGGGGGGCGGCUGGCGCAAGCAGCCCUGGGGGUGGGGGGCGGGGUGGGCGCCGGCGGCGCGAUGCUGGGCGUCGUGGAGCUGCUGCUGCUGGGGGCUGCGUGGCUGGCGGGCCCGGCCCGCGGGCAGAAUGAGACGGAGCCCAUCGUGCUGGAGGGCAAGUGCCUGGUGGUGUGCGACUCCAACCCCACGUCGGACCCCACGGGCACAGCCCUGGGCAUCUCUGUGCGCUCCGGUAGCGCCAAGGUGGCUUUCUCUGCCAUCAGAAGCACCAACCACGAGCCGUCCGAGAUGAGUAAUCGCACCAUGAUCAUCUACUUCGACCAGGUACUAGUGAACAUUGGGAACAACUUUGAUUCAGAACGCAGCACUUUCAUCGCCCCGCGCAAAGGGAUCUACAGUUUUAACUUCCACGUGGUAAAAGUCUACAACAGACAGACCAUCCAGGUAAGCCUCAUGCUAAACGGGUGGCCGGUGAUUUCAGCCUUCGCUGGUGACCAGGACGUGACACGGGAGGCCGCGAGCAACGGAGUCCUAAUCCAAAUGGAGAAAGGCGACCGAGCAUACCUCAAGCUAGAGCGGGGAAACUUGAUGGGGGGCUGGAAGUACUCGACCUUCUCUGGAUUCCUCGUGUUUCCUCUCUGACUGGCUCAUAGCCGGAAGGGAGGCAAGGAGAAGGCGAAGGCAGGAAGGGGAGUGAGAAAGAGGCUGAAAUUAAGAGGGCGAGAAAGCAGCACGACUUGAAACUUCCUACACGUUCCCUAACUGUAUCUGGGUAAAAAGGUGCAAGCCCGGCGGUGGGACAACUUUGUCCAUUUCCUUCUUAGGACAAAUAAAUUCCGCUUAGCUCUGCGCACUCCUAUUUCCAAAAAUAAACUCGCCUCCCCAUGCCAGUUGCAGUAAUCAAGAAAGAGACUGCCUUGUCAUUGUUUCUUAUCCCUAACUUCAUGUUCCCUGCAAAUUAUUUAAAGAAACUGUGUAUUUCACUACA